CAGUCGACGAUUUCAGACAGGUUCCAAUCGAGCCAAUAUAAAAAGUGCGUUGGAGUUGGUCUUUCAUUUGUUGUGAGAGUGAUAAAUUAAAACCUUCAAGAUGUCAGACAUUGGGUCAGAAGAAAUGGAAGAGGAACAGGGGCCUUACUUGGGCGAAUACGAGGGGGAAAGAAACGACCGAGAUGAACGUCAUGGGAGAGGCAAGGCUACUCUACCAAAUGGAGACACAUACGAUGGUUUAUACGAAUUUGGCAAGAGAAAUGGGCAGGGAAUCUACAGAUUUAAAAAUGGCGCCAGAUAUUUUGGCGAGUAUACAAAAAAUAAAAAGCAUGGACAAGGCACUUUUAUAUAUCCAGAUGGUUCAAAAUAUGAAGGUGGAUGGGUGGAUGACCAAAGAUCUGGAUUUGGUAAAUAUUCUUACGUAAAUGGAGACACAUAUGAAGGUGAAUGGCAGAACCAUGUGCGACAUGGCCAGGGAAUUUAUACAUAUACUGAAACUGGCACAAAAUAUGAAGGCAGAUGGGAUAAUGGCAAGCGAGACGGCCACGGAGAGCUAAUCCAUGCAAACCACAAAUAUGUUGGGAUCUUCAGUGGAGACAGGCCUGAAGGGAAAGGAAAAUAUGUGUUUGAUAUUGGUUGUGAACAGCAUGGUGAAUACAUCUCAGUUGAACAGCCACAAGACGACAAAGGAGAUGAUGAAGAGUCUCAGCCUAUUGUCAUUGCUAAGUGGAAGGCUGGCCAUGUGACUGGUCUUCACUUGCAGACAGAGGAUGAGGUAGCCGAGGUCACGGUAAAGGAGGCUGACUCUGAGAGUGCCGCUGAUGCCGGAGAGACGAUUGCAGCAGAGGAAGGUGAUAAUAAGGCAGAGGCAGAGAAUGAAGAAACGACUCAGCAGAAGCCAGAGGCUACAGAAGAACCUGCCCAAGGCACAGAUCAGAAUGAUGAAGCUCAGGAAGGGGAGACAACUGAGGAUAAACCAGAGGAGACUGAUCAGGCAGCUGACCCUGCUACAGGAGAGGCUGCUGAGGAGGCAGAACAACCUGCAGAAUAGACACAACUCUCACCAUUGUCACAGGCCAACAAUUAUCUAUGAGGAAACGAACAGUUUUGGAUUUACAAUAAACAGUCAUCUUUGUUCCAGCAUCCUCAACAUUCAUUUCUGUGAUAGAAAGUCAUUUUAAACAUCAACAGCUGUAAAUAUAUUUACAAUAAAUCCACUUG